AUGAGUACGGACGCCGAUGUAGCCAGCACGCAGCGUGAAAAUGCAGCGGAUGCAAACCCCCGUGAAUCAUCUGCGGAACGUGAAGCAACUGCUCCAAGCGUAUCUGAAGAACAUAAGCUCUCCAAUAAGGAGCUGAAAGAGCUUAAGAAACAAGAGAAGGCUGCCAAGCGUGCAGCGAAGAAGCAGGCAAGCGGGAUUACAAUUGAGCAGCAACAGCAACAGGCCCAGUUGAAGAAGGAGAAAAAACAGCAUCAGCGCGAGCAACAGAUGUCGGGGGCUAAGAAGGGCAGAAGUGGCAAUCCUGGUAUCCCAAUUGCUGACAAGAAAUCCACGUUAUUCGGGCAUUUAGAAACGACGGAAGAAAGACGAGCGUCGUUACUCGCUGUGAUUAGUGCGAUUUCCUCGAAUGGAGCGUCCAAGAUCACUGCAACUGGCCUCAUGAUCCCAACUGUGGCUAGUGCCAUGGCGAGCAGUGCCGCUCCCGCUCUGGCCGCAGGCCACACAGGCGCGGCAGGACCAGCCAACCCAGAGGUAUCCGCGCAGGCUAUGGCUUCGAUGUCUCUAGAUGAAGAAAGCUCAUUUGUCCCCGGCUUGCUCUCUGUCUUGCCCAUCGCGAUAGAGGAGGACUUUAAGAAUCCACAAUUGAUGUCUUCUGUGAAAGAACUUGUUGCCAACAAGGAUAUGCUGCAUCCUGCCGUUGUAUUGCUGACUUCGGAGUUUGGAGCAUACAAGAUUGUCGGCUCCAUCCCUCGCUGUCUUGCAAUGCUUGAAGUUUUCCAGAUCGUCAUUAGAGAAUACAAGACGCCAGAGGGAACCACUCUGUCGCGGAACCUCACACAUUACUUGUCCCAUCAAAUUGACUUUUUGAAGAAAGCUAGGCCAUUGAGCGUCACUAUGGGAAAUGCUAUCCGUUGGUUGAAGCAGGAAAUUUCGCUCAUUGACCCAGCCACUUCUGACGUACAGGCCAAGGAGUUACUCUGUGAAAAGAUUGCUCAGUUUGCCCGCGAGAAAGUCGAGCUAGCUGAUCAACUCAUUCUCGAAAAUGCAUCGCAGCACAUCGACAACGAUAGCACCAUCCUGACAUAUGGGUGCUCGAAGGUUUUGACGGAUCUUUUCAUAUACAACGCAGUUGACUUGGGGAAAAACUUCAACAUCAUAAUUGUGGAUUCGAGGCCACUCUUUGAGGGAAGAAAGAUGGCUGAGGUACUCAGGAAAAGAGGGCUCAACAUCACCUAUGUGAUGAUCACCAGUUUAGCCACUAUAUUCAGUAUGGACAUUGAUUAUGUUUUCUUGGGAGCACAUUCCAUCCUCUCGAAUGGGUUCCUCUACUCAAGAGUCGGUACUGCGAUGCUGGCCAUGAGUGCUAAAAGAAGAAACAUUCCAGUGAUAGUCGCCUGCGAGUCUCUGAAGUUCUCCCAGAGAGUCCAGCUCGACAGUGUCACCUUCAAUGAGCUGGCAGACCCCAACAUUCUCGUGGACAUUAAUACAGACAACCCUGUUAAGCGGCGCAGCAACAAAGGCUUUCUGCUGCAGCGUUUCGUAAAGGAGAGCCAAGCACUCAUGAAGCAGAAGGACGAACAAGACACUAAGCAGAACAAAAACGGAAAGGCAAAGUUUAUCACAGAUGACAACAAAAAGUCGGACAGCGACAAGGCAAUUCUUGCAGACUGGCAGGAUCUACCGUCGCUUAACAUAUACAAUAUCAUGUACGACCUCACCCCGCCCGAGUAUAUAAAGAAGGUCGUUACAGAGUUUGGCGCCCUGCCUCCUUCGUCGGUCCCCGUCAUUCUCCGCGAAUACAAGGGUUCCGCAUAA